UUAACCUGCUGGCAACUUUCUACCUCUUCCCAAGUCACCAUUGAAUUAGUGCCACCCCAAGUGGUAGAAGGAGAAGAAGUCCUAUUCCUUGUCCACAAACUGUCAGAAAAUCUUAUGUCUUUAGGCUGGUUCAAAGGAAAAAUAGUUAUAAAUUGUGGAAUUGUACUGUAUGCUACAAACAGAAAAAUAAGUAUGAUGGGGCCCAUGUACAGUCCUAGAGAGACCUUGUACAGAAAUGGGUCCCUAUUGAUCCUCAAUGUCACCCAGAAGGACAUAGGAUUCUACACCCUAAGAACCUUAAAUAGUCAUGGAGAUAUUGUGUCAACAUCCAUAUUCCUCCAUAUAAAUGGUCUUGUUUUUCAGUGCUGUAACUCUCUGGCUUCUGCCAAAUUCGUUGUCGAGUCCACGCCAAGGUAUGCUGCUGAAGGGGAAAGUGUUCUUCUCCUCGUUCAUAAUCUGCCAGAAGAGCUGAUAUCCUUCUCCUGGUACUAUUCAGUGUAUACGGUCACAACCUUUAAAAUUGUAGACUACCAUGGAAUCAGGAAUAUCACCACCUGGAGUGAUGCAGAUAGAGGAAGAGGGAUGGUGUAUGCCAGUGGAUCUCUACUGCUCCAAGACAUCACUGGGGAAGAUGCAAGAAUGUACACACUUGAACUUUUAAAUAUAAAUAACAAGGUUGAAAGAGCACACGUGCAGUUUUAUGUAUACAAGAUGGUGACAGAGCCCUUCAUUCAAAUCACCAACACCACAGUCAAUGAACACAGAUCUGUGACCUUCUCCUGUGUUUCACCUGAUGUUGAACUCUCCUUCCAUUGGUUCUUUAAUAACCACAAUCUGCAGCCUACAGAUAGCAUAAAGCUGUCUCCAUCAAAGUGUGAAGUCAGAAUAGAUAAUGUCAGAAUUGAGGAUGCCGGAGAGUACCAGUGUGUGGUCAUGAACCGAGCUGGUAGAGAAGUGGGCAGUCAUCCAGUCAGGUGA